CGUGUUGUUACUUGUUUCUGCUGGCCAGCGCUGGUCUUGCUGUCGCGAGUUGGUUGGAUACGCCGAGUCAACGAUGAAAGGAAUCGAUAAUCUGCACGAUUGAAACUGCACGAUGGUGGAAUGCACUGUCAGAGGCUCGGCGGAGAUCUAUAGAUAGUACACGACUGGCGGGACGAAGAUGUGGAAGCCGAGCCAACAAAUUUCGGUCGACCUCAGAGCACUACUGACAUUAUCUUCUAGCCACGUCAAGGAGUUUGAAUGCCAGACGGAAUGCCAAACAAACGAAGGCCUUUACUUGGUCGCCUCUCGAAGACCUGAAGAUUGGCAACAAUUCGAACAUGGCGGACGGAAUGGAGGAGCUGCUGUUCGCCACUGUGGAGGCUCGCCAACGCAAUGGUGGACAGAGCAGCCGCAAGGAAGGCUCUAAGGUGUACACGAAAUACCUGCGCGAGGUCAGUGCCUCUGCUAAAGACCGGAAGGCGGCCGUCUUUCAACCACCGCAUGGCAGCAGGACAGGCAGCACGGCGCGGGGCUCGUGCUGGCAGAGGUUUGUCAAGUUCUUCGUCACCCGCAUCGGCGAGGACUGGCUCUUCUUGCUGAUUCUCGGCGUUGCCAUGGCGUUGCUCAGCUUCUUUAUCGACUACGCUAUCGGCAAAGUCAGCAACUUUCACGUCUAUCUGUACUACUUACUGGAGGACUACAUGGCCGCUCAGUUCUUUGUCUGGAUUCUCUACCCGCUGUUACUGCUGAUGUUCGCCAUUGCUUGGACCAACGCCAUUGCACCGGUCGCUGCAGGCUCUGGCAUUCCAGAAAUGAAAAGCGUUUUGAGAGGCGUGGAUCUUCCGCACUACCUGUCCAUGAAGGCGUUGGUUGCCAAAUCAGUGGGACUGAUAGCUGGACUUGGCAGUGGGAUUCCUAUUGGAAAGGAGGGUCCAUUCGUACACAUGGCAAGCAUCUUGGGCCACAAUCUCAGUCGCAUCUUGACCAACAUCAACACAAUUUACUUGAAUGAGAGCAGGGCGUCGGAGCUUCUGGCAGCUGCAUGCGCCGUUGGAGUGUCUUCGAACUUUGCAGCGCCUGUGGGAGGUGUGCUGUUCAGUAUUGAAGUCACCUCCACCUACUUUGCUGUUCGCAACUACUGGCGUGGCUUCUUUGCUGCCAUUUGCAGUGCAUUCUGCUUCCGAUUCCUGUCCUUCUGGGUCACCAACCAACCGACGAUGACCACUCUGUUCACGACUCACUUCCGCCAGGACGUUCCGUUCAACCUGCCGGAGCUGGUGGCACACAUUAUCCUGGGUGCGGCCUGUGGGGUCCUGGGAGCUCUGUUCGUCAAGCUGAACCGGACGUUUGUGCUGUAUCGGCGGCGCAAGGCCGGAACCGGAAUCUGGAAGCUGCUGGAUGCAAAUCGCUAUGUGUUCCCUAUGAUCUGGGUACUGGUAAUCAUGUCCCUUCAGUACCCUGCUGGACUGGGCAAAUACUUUGGUGGCGAGUUCCCUCACAAGAAGGCCUUGACAAUGAUGUUCAGUAAUGUGUCCUGGCACAAGGCAGCGACUGACGCCUCGGCGUACCCCGGUCAGGAGUCCGAGGUCAAACAGCUCGUGGACGCCUGGGCCACGCACACCAACCUCUUCUUAUCGCUGGUGCUCUUCUUCGUCAUCAAGUUUGUGACGGCGGCUGUGUCAAUUACUUUACCGGUGCCUGCUGGUGUUUUCUUCCCCGUCUUCCUUCUGGGUGCAACAUUUGGACGUCUUGUGGGCGAGGUUACCACACUGUUCUAUCCACAAAGCUUGGCAGCCAUGGAAAUCUUGCCCGGUGGAUACGCGGUAGUGGGAGCUGCUGCUAUGGCCGGCGCUGUCACUCACACAAUCUCGACCGCUGUGAUUGUCUACGAGCUAACAGGGCAACUGACUCAUAUUAUACCAGUGAUGAUGGGUGUUCUUGUCGCCAAUGGCAUUGCGCAACUGCUUCAGCCGUCCAUCUACGACAGUGGAAUCAUGCUGAGGAAACUGCCUUACAUACCGGAUAUGAAGCGCAGCAGGACCUACGCCAUCUCAGCAGGGGACAUGAUGCGAACAAAUCUCUUCACCGUCUCGUACCGCUCCACUUACGCAGAGCUGAUGCAACUGCUGAAAGACUCAAAGUUCCAGUCGUAUCCGCUUGUUGACUCGCCAGACUCCAUGGUUCUACUGGGUAGCAUACAGCGCGGCAAGGUGCAGCAGCUGCUGCACGAGUACAUCUGGGACGUGCACCUUAAGCAGAGCACGGUGCCGAGCCGGACGCAUAGUGCGUCGUCGUCGCUCCACUCCAGCCACCAGUCGCUGUGCGACUUUCAGGACAUUCAGAUGAGCGGCGCCACCACACCACCACUGCCGGCUCUCGAGGAAGAGGUGGACGACGACAUGGUGGUUUUUCCGGCUAUCACGGCGCCCUUGACCCCGGCGUUCGACAGUGACAUGGCACAUGCGGAGCAGCUGAACGAUACUCACGUACACGUGGACGUAGAUACUGAACAUGACCAUGAGAUUGCUCUGAGUCGCCCCGCGCUCUCCCGCCAGCAUUCGUCUGAUGCCCAUAACCAUCACCAUCAUCACCACCACCAUCAUCACCCGCACGCACACCGUCCCGUACGCUCCAGGACGCCGUCCGCCCAGGAUCUCUCCGGCCUCCACCACCACGGACACCGGGACGGAGUUCACUCGGGUCACCAGCGCGAGCGCGCUUCCACGCUGCCGCGGCGCAUGUCACUGUCCGAACGCCCCAGCUCUUUGCAUGGAGUCCGCGAGCCUCUGAAGCGAUCCAGUAGUACCUCCAGUCUUGUCCCGGCACGACUGGCUAAUGAGACACUGAUCCAAUCAGCUCGUCAGUCUAUUACAUCGAUAACCGGAUUGGACCUGCAGCAGCUGGAAGAGAAGAUAGCAAGCCGACCAAGGCGCCUCAAACGAAGUCUAGGUCGUCGCAUGUCACAGGUGGCCGGUCUCCUACUGCCUUCUGGAGAGGAUCAGGCUGAGCAACUGACAACCCUCACAGAUCAACUUGUAGAUGCAUGUGUGAAGCAGGACCGUACAAUCAUGGACGCGCCUGUAGAUCUGAUCUCCAGUCAUAUCGACUCGUCGCCGUUCCAGGUCGUCGAGACUACCAGCUUUCCAAAGAUCCAUACGCUAUUCUCACUGCUCGCUCUCAAUCAUAUGUACGUCACGUCAGUGGGACGGCUAGUCGGAGUCAUCACUAUUGAAGAGGUUCGGAACUCAGUUGAUGGUCUCGACAAGGCAGUGGAUCCGCCCCAGAACAUCAGCAGCGCUCACACAGUACUCGAAGAGAUAGAACUUGAAGAUAUCGAGACACCGGUAACGCCGAACGGCAUGGCGGAGGAUGACGUAUGCUUAGCAGGCCAAUCAAAGUGAACUGCGCGCGCACAGAGUACUCGAAGAGAUAGAACUUGAAGAUUUCAAUACACCGGUAGCGCCGAACAGCAUGACGGAGGAUGACGUAUGUUUAGCAGCCCAAUCAAAGUGAACUGCGUGUGGUGUUACACCACUAGCGGCAAGAACAGAACAAUGUGCCACUGAUUACUUAGAGCCACCUUCACCAAUAUUUUGUAUCACUGUUCAAUUAGGUACCUUCACCAAUAUUUGUAUCAACGUUCAAUUAGCUACCUUCACCAAUAUUAUUUUGUAUCAACGUUCAAUUAGCUUCCUUCGCCAAUAUUUGCAUCACCGUUCAAUUAGCCACUUUCACCACCAAUAUAUUUAUUAUUGCUCCAUCAUGCAAUAUUGGUAGGAGCACACUUGACGUUUUUCGAAGUACCGCACUCUGGUAGAAUACACUUGUACAGUUGUAGGUUGAGUUUGGUAAUUUUCUGAUGCCGAUGGUUGACAUGCACUACCGGUACUCGGUAUUACUC